GGUUGAGAAGUACUCUUCUCUGGUAGGGGAACCGUUUGCAAGGGAAGAGUCAGCAAGAGCAGCCCAGAGAUGAGAGGAAGAGGCGUGGUAUCCACUGGUUUCAGUAGUAGGAGUUGCCCAUUGUUCACCGAAGUCGUCAGAGAGGGAAUCCUCGUGCUUUUCAUUGGACAAAGAGGCUAUCUAAAGUCUAUUAAUCAAUAAGCAAAGUCUAAGGAAGACAUAUAUCAAUACCAAUAAAUACCAAUCCCCCUACUCUCUACUAAUGACAUAUGAUUUCACUGUAGAGCAAUAACAUAGAGAAAUAGAAUAUAGUAAGGUAGUAUAGUGUAAAAAGGACCAAGGACGAAUAAAGAAGAAGAAGGAGUAGGAGCUAAUUCGAACGGAAUCGAAUGAUUACGAGAUAAACAAUGAGACAAAGCCAAGAGGGGAGAGCACUGAGACAAUUCACUUCACGUACAGGGAAGUCCGCUGGUAGGAAUUCUUCAGGGCGUAUUACUGUUUUUCACCGAGGGGGUGGAUCGAAGCGAUUGCAGCGAAGAAUGGAUCUGAAACGAAGCACUUCGUCUAUGGGCAUUGUAGAAAGGAUAGAAUAUGACCCUAAUCGUUCUUCUCGGAUCGCUCUAGUACGAUGGAUCGAGGGGGUGCAGCUACGCUGCCAGAGGAAAUGCAAGACGAUAGAAGAGUUCGCUCCGCCGCGUAAGAUCCUCGAACCUACCACGCCCACCAUACGCGGACUCUUUUCGUUCUCUUCCCUGUCCGUGAAGGUGGAUCAAAGAAAGGUAGCUUGCUUCUCUCCUGGACUGAUGGAGGCUUAUGUAGUGGUCGGCCUUCCUACCGGAAUGCCUCCUUGGUCGAAGAGCCCCUUUACUAGUACUAGUAAGGGCGCAGGAAGCAAAAAAACUUGCGCGAAGGACGUCUUCUUCUCUGCCUUCUCCUCUCCAAAGGCCAAGGGGGAGACUGCAUCCCUUUCCUUCGGUAGCUCUUUGAGUUUCCCAAGGAUAGCGGUAGCUGGGGCAAAGCCCGCUUUCUUCGCUCCGCGAAUGAGAGAGAAAGUAAGAGGAAAAAACACGUUCUCUCUUUGCGAGGUCCGAAAGUGGAGAACACAUAGCAUUCUCUGGGCACAUAGGAUCAAACGUAAAGCAGCGCUUUCUUGGCAUAGGCGGCAAGAGACUUUAAGGCUUGUUGGAGCUUCUGAGCAUAACGAAUCGAAGCCGAAGACGGAUCAAGGUAGCUUGCCUGCCAACCCGAUAGGCGAAGUGCCGAAGGAUGGAGCGUGCAAAGUCGAUCGUGCACCUGUCACUUAUAUAAUAGCCAGUCAUCAAUUGGAAGCAGGCAAAAUGUUGAUAAAUUGCGAUUGGUCCAAACCUUCGACCCGCGACUUAUUGCGACCCGCCCGGAAUGCCCAUCCAUACUAAGACCUUAUUCACACAGCGAAGAAAGGCCGAGUGGAAGGGGGCAGUCAGCUGGCUGCUUCUUGGCCACGCCUCCCCUGCUUAUAGACAGGCGAGACUCUCUCUAAAUUCGAAAAUAGAAAUCGCAUACCAGUAGUCGAUAUACGUAUAGGAAGAUGGUUACAUUAUAUUAAAUGUCAUUCAGGCCAAGGCGCAAGGCUGGCUCGAGCCGCAGCGCAGGAACUUUAGCUAAAAUAAUGAAGGCCCCCUACACUCUCUCUUAGGCUUGUGCGGCUACCUUCGGGUGUUGAAAAAGUCAUUGAUUCCCGAUGCCGAGCUACUAUUGGUAUAGUUUCCAAUCCCAACCAUGAUGCACGAAAGCUUAGAAAGGAUAAAGCCGGUGGUUAGGCAGACGCCCCAUUGUUCGUGGUGUUGCAAUGAAUUCAGUGGAUCAUCCUCAUGGAGGAGGUGAGAGGCGCACAAAAGGUAAUGAAAUUCGGCCUCACCUUGAGGGCCCCAGCUGGAUUUCGGGCAGGAGUGGGGAAAGGCAGAAAUGAGUUCAUGCCACGACGAUCUAUAUGGAAGGGAAGGGCAGUUUUUUUUUUAUGUUGAGAAAGUCUUUUUUUAUUUAGUUCUCCAACUCCGGAUGAGUUUGGGCCUCCGGCGCCUCUUUUGAGGACGGGAGGAAAAAAACUGGAUUUGGUGCCCUCCGACGAUCCCCCUCGGGCUCGGGGGGGCCUUUGCCUUCAUUUCUUGAAGAGCACGAGGUCACCUCUUCAUCAAUAUAAAGGAAGGCCAGAAAAAAUGUUUUGAAUUCCCCCAAUAAAAAAUAGCGGUAAGUGAUGAGGGGGCGGCUUCUCUUGUGGUAGUAAUUGCGAACUCAUUCCAUUUUUGGAGGAUUGGUUCCCUGUUCCUGCGGCUGAGAAGCCUCGACGCUCUGCCCCCCCUUAAUCAACCUCUAAAAAAGAAAAAAAGCCCUUUCCCCUUUUCAUAAUAAUAAGGUAAGCUCCAGAACCGGCGGAAUUGCCCAAUCCUAUUUUUCCUUGAAGUAAGUCCAGAGCGGGAGCAACUGAUACAGCAAAUUCAGACUCAGACUAAACUCGAUCACUUGGCAAGAGGGGGUUUAGGAGGUCUUUUUGAGCGCAUGUUGAUCAUUUCGAAAAAGCUGGUUUCGUCUCAUUUUCCGGAAAGCCAGUCAUACUAUUCCACUUUAGCUAAGCUAAUGAUGAAAGAGGAUCUGGAUUUGUCUGCACUGCAGAUGAUGAUGUCCACUCCUGGUUCGAUGCGCUUAACGAAAGAGAACUCUCUAGAUUAAGUAUAAAUCUCGUAAUUAAGCAGCAUCCUUUAUUUAAGUGAGUAGGGGUGCGCCGGACCGCCGACGAAUAAUAGGUACCCCCACCUCAGGCAGAGUUAGUGAGCCGUGUAAUAGGCGACCAUUUCGCGCGGUUCGGGGGGGCACUCACGUCAGCCGCCGGCGCCCGACUGCGUCUUAACCCCUAUCCCAUUUUUGGGCCAAUUCCCCCUUUGUACUACCAAAAAAUGAGAUUCUUGCCGAAUCCGAGUUUGCUGCUCCAACCAUUACCAAACUAAUACCUAUUCUGUUUAGUACUUCAGGUGCUUCUGUUGCGUAUAAUGUAAAUCCCGUAGCGGAUCAAUUCCAACGAGCCUUUCAAACUAGUACUUUUUGUAAUCGACUCUAUACCUUCUUCAAUAAACGCUGGUUCUUCGAUCAAGUUUUGAAUGACUUUCUAGUCAGAUCCUUCCUGCGUUUCGGAUAUGAAGUCUCAUUCGAAGCUUUAGACAAAGGCGCUAUUGAGAUAUUGGGCCCUUAUGGUAUCUCGUACACAUUCCGACGAUUGGCCGAGCGAAUAAGUCAACUUCAAAGUGGAUUUGUU